AUGGUGCGGCAGCCGUCGCGCGCGGGCGACGUGGACGCGCUGGUGCAGCCGCUGACGCCGCCGGCGUGGCUGUGCUGCGGGCUGCUGCUGGCGGCGCUCGUGGCGGGGCUGCGCGCCACCACCUGGGCGCACCGCCGCUUCGUCCAGCCCGUCUGCCCGCCGCAGCGCCAGCAGCUCGAGGACUCCUGGAGCGACUCCCUGCUGCUCGUCAUCGGGGCCAUCAGCGAGCAAGGGACGGCGAACGACUCGUCGCAGCCGUCGUGGCGGCUCGUGGUGCUGCUCACGUUCAUGCUGUCGCUGCUGAUGAACACGUACUACUCGGCCAGCAUGACGGUGACGCUGCUGCUGCCGCCGCCCGUCGUCUACCGCUCGCUGGCCGACAUGGUGCGCGGGGACGUGCGCCUCGCCCUGCACAACACGCCGGACAUGCUGCAGCUGCUCCAGGACCCGCUGCUGCAGCAACUGCGGCGCGCAGACCGGCUGUCGCUGUCGCCGCUGCAGGCCGCGAUGGAGCGCGCGCGCGCAGACUCUUCUCGCGUGGCGGCGGCGGCCAACGCGGCCGUGCUGUACGCGGCGCUCAGCCCCAGCGACCGCUGCGCCCUCUCCGAGGUGCCGCUGUUCCCGCCGCACCACUCGCUGCUGCCGCUCGCCAAGGGCUCGCCGCUCAAGGAGCUGCUCUCCGUGGGGUGCGUACCGCAAACACACACCUAA